AUGACGGCGAAGGUGACGCGGGGCGUGCUGGAGAACAUCGACCUCAUGGUGUGCGACAUGGCGGGCACCACCGUGCAGGGGGGGCUGGUGUACAAGACGCUGCAGCUCUCCAUGAAGGAGUACGGCCUGGACGUGUCCGACGAGGCGAUCGGGCCGUGGCACGGGGCCAAGAAGGAGGCCGUGAUCGAGCACUUCGCGCGGCAGGCGGGCACGCCCGAACACGAGCUGGAGAGUAGGAUCAACAUGAUAGGGGACGCGUUUGUCAAGUCGAUCGAGGAGUCCUACUUCAGCGAAGCGACCACGAUCGAGCACAUCGACACGAGCCUCUUCAGUUACUUCAAAGACCUCAAGAAGGCAGGGGUAAAGAUAGCCCUUGACACUGGGUACCCGCAGAACAUCCAGGAGGGCCUGGUCAAACGCCUGGGGUUCGACAAGGUGGUGGACGGCUGGAUAUCCUCCUACGACGUGCCGGAGGGGCGCCCGUACCCGUACAUGAUCCACAGGCUCAUGGAGAGGUGGGCGACUCCGUCCGCGACAUCGAGGAGGGCCGCAACGCGGGCUGCGGCCUGGUCGUCGGCGUGCUCAGCGGCGCGGACUCCGCGGAGGCGUUGUUCGCGGCGGGAGCCGACGUCGUGGCGGACAAGGUCACGGACCUCCCGAUCCCGCGCGGGCCCGUGCGGGUGGCCAAGCUGA